AUGAGUUCCCUCGAGAAGUUUGUGAGCCAACAGCCGUUGAUUGUCCACUCUUCGCUGUCUCAACUUCGAUAUUUAGUCCUUAGCGAAGGGAUCCCGCUUUCUAAGGAGAAACCAGCAGCUAAUAGGUUGAGGUGUAAUGUAUGGUCAGUCUUAACCCGGUGCUCAAUGGAUGGGGCUACGUCAGACUACGUUUCGCUGGUACGACGCGGACCUCCGCCACAUUCCAUAUACUCAAAAAUAAAGAACGACACUUUUCGAACCUUGAACACGGAUCCACAAUUCGUGGCAUGUGUAUCUGAAGAUGCCAUCACUAGAUGUCUUUCCUGCUUCGCUUGGUCAGUCCUGGAUGACUCCAGCGGUGACUGCGAGUUAAGCACUUAUGUGCAAGGUAUGAACGUUUUGCUCGCUCCAAUUUUGUAUACCUGCCCCUCAGAACCUAUGGCCUACCAAUUGUUUCGAUCUCUGUGCCACGAUCACAUAAAGACGUAUUUGAAUCAAAGUCUAACAGGCGUACACAACGGCGCCAAACUGCUAGAUAUGUGCCUUAAAGUUAUUGACCCUAAGCUCAGCAAAUUUUUGGCGGACAAUCUACUGACCGCAGAAAUUUAUGGCAUACCUUCGAUUUUAACCCUCUCUAGUUGUACUAAACCUCUGGACCAGGUUUGCAAACUGUGGGACUUCAUGUUUGCUUAUGGAUUUCAUAUGAACAUUUUAUUUAUCGUUGCACAAUUGGUUGUCAUAAGAAGCCGUAUUUUGAAGAGUAACUCUCCCAUGAACCUGUUGCGCGUGUUUCCUGAGUUUGAUGCCGAAGAGAUCAUAAGACUCGGAGUCGGGUUUGUGGCUAAACUACCCUCCCAUAUGUAUGACUUGCUUGUACAACACCUUGAAGACUCGAAUCUGACUGUUGAGUAG